GCCACUCCGCCAGCACUCCACCAACUCACCGAGUCGUUGGCUCCGCCCGUUGCGCGUUGCCUACUCGCCGAAAACCUCGCCGAAGCCCCCGGCGCGGCGCAGAAACCCUUCGCCAAAACCCUUGGCGGCCGGAUUCCCCACCUCCAGCCUCUAUCUGGCCGUCUCCUCUGUAGUCGGGCCGGAGGUUGAGCGGGAGGAUCUGCCGACUUUGCCGUCCACGCGGCGGCUCUCCGGUGGCGUCCUGCACGUUCACCAGCACCGCACCCUCUUCAUCCAGUGAACAGUUUCAAGGCAAAAACUCCUCUGGAACUAGUUACCGAGGCAUUUGAGGCUACAUUCUCUUGUGCAAUCAAAACUCUGAUUCAGAGUACAGGAUGGCAGCGCAGCUAGUCUUUUCCAAUGUUUCCAGUUGCCAGUGCCCAUUAGGCAUUUCACCGAAAAAUGUUGGGAACACACUUCUUGGUGAAAGUGCAAGAAAUUUUCAGAGAAAGAAGUGGUUUUCUGGUGGUUUCUAUCGUUCUUCUCGAUUGGAGUGCUCUGCAAACUCCCGUCGAGCUGGGCCACGGCGUACCAAGGAUACCUUAUAUGACCUUCACCCUGAGAUCUCCUUGCUUUAUGGAGAGGAUAAUGGUGCAGCUUCUGUAUCCAGCAAGGAGCAGGGUAUUGACGCUGCAGCUGAAAGACUGGUAGACGCUCCUGCCUCUUACCGCUACAAUGAGCCUAGGAUUAAAGUCAUUGGUGUUGGGGGCGGUGGUUCCAAUGCUGUGAACAGGAUGAUUGAAAGCUCCAUGAAGGGCGUAGAAUUCUGGAUUGUGAACACUGAUUUUCAGGCCAUGCGGAUGUCACCCAUUGACCCGGAAAAUAGGUUACAGAUUGGCCAGGAAUUGACACGUGGCCUUGGUGCUGGUGGGAACCCAGAAAUUGGCAUGAAUGCAGCCAAGGAAAGCCAGGAGUUGGUAGAACAGGCAGUUGCUGGUGCUGAUAUGGUUUUUGUGACGGCUGGAAUGGGAGGUGGGACAGGCACUGGCGGGGCGCCUAUUAUUGCAGGGAUUGCAAAGUCCAUGGGUAUAUUAACUGUUGGAAUUGUGACAACCCCAUUUUCAUUCGAGGGAAGAAGGCGAGCUCUUCAGGCACAAGAAGGAAUUGCAUCAUUGAGAAGCAAUGUUGAUACACUGAUUGUAAUUCCAAAUGACAAGUUACUGACUGCUGUAUCACCAAAUACUCCUGUGACAGAAGCAUUCAAUUUGGCAGAUGAUAUCCUUCGGCAAGGUGUCCGUGGGAUCUCAGAUAUAAUCACUGUGCCAGGUUUGGUGAAUGUGGACUUCGCUGAUGUUCGGUCAGUUAUGUCAGAUGCAGGUUCAUCAUUGAUGGGUAUUGGAACAGCAACAGGUAAAACACGAGCCAGAGAUGCCGCACUUAAUGCCAUACAGUCUCCUCUACUUGAUAUUGGUAUUGAAAGAGCUACUGGAAUUGUAUGGAAUAUCACUGGAGGGAAUGAUCUAACCUUGACAGAGGUAACAUAUAUUCAUACAUUUAUCACUGAACUGUCAGAUGCCUUCUGUAAUAGUUACAAUACAUUCGGUCUGAACCACACUGGCCAUCGUUUUCUACAGGUGAACGCAGCAGCUGAAGUAAUCUAUGAUCUUGUUGACCCUGGUGCAAAUUUGAUUUUUGGCUCUGUUAUAGAUCCAUCAUACACUGGACAAGUUAGCAUAACUCUGAUUGCAACUGGAUUCAAGCGCCAGGAGGAAAGUGAGAAUCGAUCUUCACAGGCUGGAGGAGACAGCAACCGCGGUCACUCGGGUUGGUUUUCUCCCACUUCCCAGGAGGAAGGUCCUGCUUUGCAGAUCCCAGAGUUCCUGCAGAGGAAAGGGCGUUCAGGGUUUCCGCGAGUCUGAACACGCACUGUAGUAGUUUGGUUCAUUGCUUUUCGUUAUCAUGGUUUCCCCCCUCUUUUUGCUAGUUUGGUAUGUUGCAACUUCCGUUUCUAGGUCUCUUUUGUAGCAAGAUAUGGAUUGCUGGCUGUAGUGUUAGAGCAGAUGUUUGAACCCUGACUCUGUGUGCAAACUAAGCCGCCUGAGUAGAUUGGCUGGGCUUCUAUGCUUCUGGACCUGCAGUGGAUCAGGAUGUGAGAUCACAAUUUGAACUCCAUAGGAGCUAUGAAUAAAGUCAGCACAAGAGAGUGAAUUAUAA